AUGUCUUUACCUCGCCUGCUCACGAGGCGACACAGCUCUUUUGUGCCCCGGUAUGCAUUCCCCAAGUACAAUAUACGGAAGUCGGAUUUCAAGGGCCAUCAGAUGAAGGCGUUGAAGAAAUUUGAGUAUCUGGCACCACAACUCAAGAUGAUCAUAGAACUGAGGGACAUUAGGGCACCACUGUCGACGCGGAACGUUCUGUUCGAUAAGAUUCUCUUCUCCAAAAAAUACGACCUUGAAAGAUUAAUAGUGUACACGAAGAGCGAUUUGAUGUCACAUGCAAAUUCUAGAGAGUACCUGAAGAAAUUGGCGAGUUGGCAUGACCAGAUGAACGAGAAGUUUAUCAUUAUAGACUGUAGAAAGGUGUCUGAUGCUAAAAACCUAAUGGAUAUAAUAAACUGGAGUUCGAAAAAAACCCUAGAAGAGGGAAUUCCUUUGCCUAUGGGGUUUCGCGCUUUAGUAACUGGUGUGCCUAAUUUGGGGAAAUCUACAUUGGUUAACUCUCUAAGAAUGCUGAAUGCCGAUACUUAUGAUCCGGAAAGGAUAGGCAGGAGGAAAAAUAUCAAAGUUGCGAAGACCGGGAAUGUAGCCGGUGUUACUAGGAGCACCAGUGAGUGUAUUCGUAUUUCUCCAAGCAAAAGUACACAGGGGGUCUAUUUGAUUGAUACCCCGGGGAUUGGGUUACCUGGGAGAGCCAGUACCGACCAGAGAUUCCUUGCUCAGGCGCUUUGCGGUUGCAUAAAGAAUAACCUAAUAGAUCCAGUUAUUCUGGCAGAUUUUCUCUUAUACACCAUGAACUUACAGAACUGCAAGCAUGGCGAAUGGUAUUCCUCGUCGACAACAAAUCCGACAAAUGAUAUUGAUGAAGUCUUGAAUAGACUUAAAUCAUUGAAGGAUUUGAGGAAAGAUGAUACGGCGAUUGCGCUAAAAUGGGUUAACGAAUGGUCGAAAAAUGGGAGAGACAUUGUGUUUGAUGUAGAGAUGCUAUUGAGUCCUGAUGAGUUUUCUUACAAGGAUUACGUUGUACAGGAGUUGAAAAAACUCUCCGACUUCGAAAUCAAUGCAGCAUCUACAAUAAAACGUCAUGGCGCCAAUAGAUCAGUGUUCCAACUUUGA